AUGGUCAUCAGCAUGGACAAGGCUCGGAAUCAACCUCCCUGUGUGCCAGCUCCCAGCCUGUGCUCUGCCUGUCCCUUGUCCUUUGAGGGUUUCACAUCAGGGUUGGAGUGGAGGCGGAGGGUCGGGUCCUGGCUUCGCUCCUGUGGAGGUGCUGGGACGGGGUUUCGUAAGGGGGGUCCGGGGAACUGCAGCCUGCUUUGGCAGCCAGGGAGCCUGAGGAGGUUUGGAUCUGAUGAGUUGAAAAAACAGUUCCUGGUGCCAACCAUAGCUGGAGAUGUUGUGGCUUUUUUUGGGGGAGUCAGUGAAGCCGGCGCUGGGUCCGAUGUGGCAAACACCGAGGCUUGUGUUUGUUUAAGUCAGGACUCUGAAAUUCCUGACCUCCUCAGUACUAACGUGCACGAUAUCAAGACGACAGCUGUGAAGAAAGGCGAUGAAUAUGUCAUAAAUGGUGGCAAGAUGUGGAUUACGUCCGGGUGCCAAGCGGACUGGAUGUGCCUGCUGGCAAACACCAGCGAAGGACCUCCCCAUCGCAAUAAAUCCCUCAUUUGCCUGCCAAUGAAUCUACCCGGGAUCCACGUUGCUAAAAAGAUAGACAAGCUGGGCAUGAGGUCGUCGGACACAGCUCAGAUCUUUUUCGAAGACGUCAGGGUCCCCAGCAAGAACCUCAUCGGUGAGGAAGGAAAGGGUUUUACGUACCAGAUGUUGCAGUUCCAAGAAGAGCGGCUCUGGGGAGUGGCCGUGGUCCUGACACCGCUGGAAACCGUAAUACAAGAAACUGUCGACUACGCUCGCCAGCGGAAGGUGUUUGGCCAGCCCGUGCUGCACAACCAAGCCGUGCACUAUCGCCUGGCCGAGCUGGCAACCGAGCUGGAGCUGCUCCGUUCGCUGCUGCACCGCGCUGUUGCUCUCUAUGUGGAAGGCAACGACGUGACCAAAUUUGCUUCCAUGGCUAAGCUCAAGGCAGGUCGUCUGGCCCGCGAGGUGACCGACAGCUGUCUCCAGUUUUGGGGGGGAAUGGGGUUCACCAGCGAGGUUCUGGUGAGCAGGUUUUACAGAGACUUGAGAUUACUGUCCCUCGGAGGUGGCACAGAUGAAACCAUGCUUUCCAUCAUCUGCAAAUACAUGGGAACACUGCCAAGCAAGUGA